AUGAUUCACACCAAUAUUCCUAUUUUCUCAUCCUUUGCUUUAGCAUUUGGCUGUACAAAAAUUUUUAAAAAAAUUUAUGCCUCUUUUGACAGUGUUAAGACUUACAAAUCUAAGAAGACUAUUUUAGUGAUAGAUCCAUUUACUACAUUGUUAAAUUAUAAAUUUUCAUUUUGGAAAUUUAAUUAUAUUUUUACUAAACGUCAUUUUACCGAAGAAUUUAUAUUUAACUUAGGAUACAUGUAUGAUAUUAUUUUCAUAACAGAUAAUAGUUUAAUUAAUAAGAAUAUUUAUGAUUUUAUAGAUCCUUUAGGAAUUUCUGUGUACAGAAUGUAUACUCGAAAUAAAAAAGGAGAAAUUGAACAUUUAAAAAAAGAAAAUAAAGUAAUAAUAUUAGAAAAUAAAGAUACAGAAGAUUCUUGUAGUCUUAAUAUAAAACCAUUCGGCUUAUUAUCUUCAAAAUAUGAACUUUUUGAUGUAGUAAACUUUCUUACUACACUAAAUUUUAUGAAAGAAAAAAACCACAUAAAAAUUUUAGAAUUUUAUAAAAAUAAAGAUUUCUAUAUUUCAUUUGAUAAAAUACAAAAGAAAUUAUAUCAAAUGAGGAACAUGCUUAAUCUUUUUAGUGUAAAUAGAUAUGAAGAAAUAAAAAAGCAGAUUUAUAAGGAAAAAAUUAAUAAUUAUAAAAUUAACAAAGAAGAACUACUUAAAUAUAAAUAA